CGCACGCGCGGCUCCACCUCGGGGGCGGUCAGGGCCGACGGUUGCCAGGGUGACAAGGAUACAAUAUGGCGGCUGUAUCCUAACGCUCUUGGGCAAGGGGCCAUCGCGGAGGUCCCAGCACAGGAUCCCGCCUGAGGGAGAGGAGGGCAGGUGCCGGCCUUCCUGCCCGUGUCUUUCCCGCGCAGGGUCGGCCAGGGGUUGUCGCCGACUUCCGCGCGCAGGAUGAAGAACUAUAAAGCAAUUGGCAAAAUAGGAGAGGGAACAUUUUCUGAAGUCAUGAAGAUGCAGAGCCUGAGAGAUGGAAACUACUAUGCGUGUAAGCAAAUGAAACAGCACUUUGAAAGUAUUGAGCAGGUGAACAACCUACGAGAGGUACAAGCUCUGAGGCGUCUGAAUCCACACCCAAACAUUCUUACGUUGCAUGAAGUAGUUUUUGACAGAAAAUCUGGUUCUCUUGCACUUAUAUGUGAACUUAUGGACAUGAAUAUUUAUGAGCUCAUACGAGGAAGAAGACACCCAUUAUCAGAAAAAAAAAUCAGGCACUACAUGUAUCAGUUAUGCAGAUCCCUUGAUCACAUGCACAGAAAUGGAAUAUUUCACAGAGAUGUAAAACCAGAAAAUAUACUCAUAAAGCAGGAUGUCCUGAAACUGGGGGACUUUGGGUCCUGCCGGAGUGUCUAUUCCAAGCAGCCGUACACGGAAUACAUCUCCACCCGCUGGUACCGGGCCCCAGAGUGUCUCCUCACUGAUGGCUUCUACACAUACAAGAUGGACCUGUGGAGUGCAGGAUGUGUGUUCUAUGAGAUCGCCAGUCUGCAGCCCCUCUUUCCUGGAGCAAAUGAACUGGACCAGAUCUCAAAAAUCCAUGAUGUCAUUGGCACACCCGCUCAGAAGACCCUCACCAAGUUCAAACAGUCGAGAGCUAUGAGUUUUGAUUUUCCUUUUAAAAAGGGAUCAGGAAUACCUCAACUGACAACCACUUUGUCCCCGCAAUGUCUCUCCCUCCUGCACGCAAUGGUGGCCUAUGACCCUGAUGAGCGCAUCGCUGCCCACCAGGCCCUGAUGCACCCCUACUUCCAGGAGCAGAGGGUGGCCGAGAAGCAUGCCCUGGCCAGCCACAGAAGGGCUUUCUUUCCAGAGCACCCCAUGGGGCCCGAACUACUCAGUCUCAACGGGCAGUUCUCCAAGGAGGGCAGAAGGCAGAAACAGCCCCUGAGGCAAGAGGACGACCACGGCAAGAGACGGGGACCAGCCUGCGUGAUGGAACUGCCCAAAUUGAGGUUUUCGGGAGUGACCACCAAGCUGUCAUACUCCAGCCCCACACUGCAGUCAGUGUUCAGUUCUGGGAUGAACGGAAGAGUCCCGAUGUUGAGACCCUUGAAGUGCUUGGGUGCCAACAAGAAGGUAGCUGUCCUGCUCUUCGUCCCUGGGGGCUGCCCCUGCACCUGUCCUCAACCUCCAGUCAGUGUCUCUGGUUUUCCUUUCACAGAUAGACACACAGAAGGACAUCAAGCCUAGCCUGAAACAGUGCCGCCUGCCCACCAUCGACAGGAGAGGCGGAGGGUGCUGAGGCGGCCCGCGCCUCCUCGAGUAAGAGCAGGCGCCGUGAGGGCAGGCCCAGGCCGCUCCGCGUGGGACGGUGGGUCGAGGCUCAGAACAUGCCUGGCACCAGCUCCUCGGGACACCUGGUGCCAACAUGCUGACUGGGCCACCUGCUCCAGGCUGCCACGUGGCCCCGUGUGCUUGCCCCCAGGGCAGCUGCGCUGCAUGUCAAUGCAUUGGUGACACCUCCUCCAGGGUUUCAUUAAUCCUCAUGACGUAGGAUGUGGAGAAAAUAUUUUGUAUCUCUUCUGAGUCAAAACAGACGCUCGGUGCCUUCUGUCCUGUAGGGUCAGGCUUGGGGGAGAGGCUCACCGUGGGCCACACCUUGCUGAGCUUUACAAGUGCUACUGGGGGACGUCCCCAGGAUUGUAGUGACGCCUUACAGACUAUGCUGUUGGAGACCCCUGAAUUUUAUUAAAAAAUAAGCUGUCAUUGC